AUGGCUGUUGCUGCAGCUGGAGAAGACACAGCAGCAGGAGCUGCUGCUGCUGCAGCAGCUCCUGCUGCUGCUGCAGCAGCUGCUUAUACGGACGCAUCCCCCACAUCUGCUGCUGCUUCUGCUGCUGCAGCAGCAGCUGCUGCUGCUGAGGCUGCUGCACGGGGUCCGCCGCUCUCAGAGGCAGCAGCAGCAGCAGCAAAAGCAGCAAACCCAUUAUCUUUUGUGCUGCAGGCUAGCAGGAGUCAAUCUCUAGGGGAGCUGGGAGCGGAGCUGCUGCGGGGCGCUGCACUGCAGCAGGAGCGGCUGUUAGCAGCACUGUACAGCAGCAGAAGCAGCAUUGCAGCAAUACAAGAAACGCUGCUUGCUGCAGAUGAUGAUUUUGAGGAUCUAUGCAAGCAGCAGCAGCAAGCAGCAGCAGCAGCACAGGUGCAGCAACAACAUGCUGCUCUCCUACACACUCGCUCCUGCGCUCUUCUGCUGCUGCAGCAGAAGCAAGAAGCACUCAAGAGGCAGCAGCUCAGCCGUCUCUCUCUUAGCAGCUACACCUCUCUCCUAAAUAUUGCUCAGAUGCUGCGGCAGCAGCUGCACUGCAACAGCAGCAGCAGUAGCAGCAGGGAGCAGCAGACGGGGGUGCUGCAGGCGCUCCAACCAUCGGGGGUGCAGCAGCAACAGCAGCAGCAGCAGGUAGCAGCAGCAGCAGCAGCACCUGCUGCUGCUGCUGCUGCUGUUCAGUCUCUGCUUCAGGAGGUACAGCAAUUGCUUCUCCCACCGGAUAUGCAGCAGCGCUGCAGCAGCAGCAGCAGCAGCAGCAGCAGGAAUGCCGCAACUGACGCCUGGGAGGCAACAGCAACGGCUGCAGCAGCAGCAGCAAUGAAGCUUGACAGCGCUGCUGCGCUGCAGCAGCUGCAGCAGCUGAUGGAGCAAGCAAAAGCUGUGGCUCGAGGGGCCCCAGUACAGCAGCAGCAGCAACAGCAGCAGCAGCAUCAGCAGCAACAGCAGCAGCAGUUGCUGCUGCUGCCUGUGUGUCUUUCUUCUGCUGACACCACCAAAUGUUUGCUGCUGCAGAGAGCCUAUGAGAAGCUGCAGCAGCUGCAACAAACCUUAGCUGCAGCAAUAAGCUUCUAUCAUAUCCCUCGCACGCAGCAGCAGCAGCAGCAGCAGCAGCAAGGAACAGGAUCUACGGCGACAGCAACAGCUGCUGGAGCUCAGACAAACCCCGAAGCAACAGCAACAACAGCAGCAGCAGCAGCAGCAGGAGGCGGCUUGCCCCUAGCAUCAGAAGAAGCUGCGGCUGCUGCAGCAGCAGCAGCAGCAACACAAGCUGCGCUGCUGCAGCCUACGCAGCUACAAGAGGAAACAACGCUUAGAGAUCUGCUUAUAUCGUCCCAGAGCAGCAGCAGCAACAGCAACAGCAACGGCAUCAGCAGCAGCAGCAGCAGCGAACUGAGCGACUGGCAAAGGGAAAGAGAGGCAGCAGCAGCAGCAGUGCAGCAGCUGCUGCUGCAGCUUCAUGAUGCUGCUGCUGCUCUGCAGCAAACAUUGAGAAAGAGACUGCUGCUAGAGCUGAAUGAUUUGUUGCUACACUUAAGAGACAGUGCAGCAGCAGCAGCAGCACGCCAACAGCAGGAGCAAGAGCAGCAGCAGCAGCAGCAGCAACAGCAGCAGCAGCAGGAGCAGCAGGAGCUAGCAGCAGCAGCAGAGACGGAGUGGUUUGUUGCAUUGGGGCGAAUAACGCGCCACCUGCUGUCUACAAAAGAAGGGACUGCUGCAGUUGAGGGUGUUUUUGCUGACGUCCUCAUCCGCCCGCUAGUGGCAGCAGCAGCAGCAGCAGCAGCAGCAGCAGUGUGCGGGCCCAACGAGUGUUUCCCCUUGGGGUCUCCGCAGCAGCAGCAGCUGCUGCAGUCAUCUGCUGUUGCUGCUGCUGCUGCUGCACUGGAUAUCAAGAUGUGGGGCCAGCUGCAAGCAGCAGAUAUCUCUGCUUCUUUUUGCUGCUUGCUGCAGCGCCAGACUCUGCAUCUCAAAAUCAGCAAAACGCAACUCCUCCCCAAUCAAACCCUGUGGCUUGCUUCCAGCGCUGAACUCAUGAAGGCGGCCCUUCUCCUCUUUGGCUGCGAAGGGCGCUGCAGUGUCUCUUCUGCUGCUGCUGCUGCUGCUGCUGCUGCUGCUGGCGAGCAAGAAUAUCUUUUUCCUUCACCCUUCACCAGCAAAGACAGCAGAACUCUGCUGCUCUCAGGCCCGCUGCUGCCGAGCAGCUUGAAGCUGUUUGUGGAGCUGCUGCAGCAGCACUUGCAGGCAGUGCAUGAAGCAGCAGCAGCAAGAGCAGCAGCAGCAAGUGCAGCAGCAGCAGCAGCAGCGGAGGCAUCCACAAUGGAAGGCGAGAACCGGAUCAUCAGCAGCAGCAGCAGCAGCAACAGCAGCAGCAACAGCAACAGCAGCAGCAGCAGCAGCAGCAGCAGCAGUGUUAUAGACACCGCAUUGCUUCUGGCUGCAAUCUGCGCUGAUGCUGCGGUGCUGCGAGCGCAGCUAAUGCCGCCAGACAGCUGCUCUGCUUUCACUCCAGCAGCAGCAGCAGCAGCAGCAGCAGCAGCAGGGGAAGGAGGAGCUGCAGCAGAAGGAGCAGCAGAUGCAGCAGGGCCUGCAGCAACAGCAGCAGAAACAGCAGCAGCAGAUGGAGGACCGAGAGAAGUAGCAGCAGAUACAGGAAAGCCUGCUGCAACAGCAGCAGCAACAACAGAAGCAGCAGCAGCAACUGCUGCUGUUGUUCCUGCGGAUCUGCAGCAAAUGCCUCCUAUAUUACGCGCAGCUCAGUCUCCGAGUCUCUACGUCUCGCGUCUUCUUGCUGCGCUGCAGCAAUUUGCUGCUGCAGCAAAUGAAGAGAAAAUAUCAGAAGUAAUAUAA